CAACAGCGCCUCUCACGCGACAAAUGACGUUCACUUUUCACACACUCUCUCCUACCGCUUGGUAGAUCCCACGGUAAAGUGAAAACUUAUCAAUCGCUUUCUGGGCUUGACUGGAAUUUUACCCAGGGAAUUGGGCCACGGUAUUUUUGGAAACGUGCUAUCUUCCCACCGCGUUUUGUAUUGCAUUUAAAUGGGGUAUCUGACUGGUUAUUGGUCUUCCUUCCUUUGAGAUGGAGUAUUUACGCUCAAGCCUUUGAAGUCUAUCAGAUAACGGGACGUAAAGAUGGGGUACGACACCAGUUGCUCUCUUUAAAAUAGGAGCAGAGCGCCGCAGCCUCCGGCUGGAGAAUGAACCCCCCACCGCCUGUCGGAAUGCCAUUUCUUUCCGCGUGCACGAGGGCCACGCGCCAGAUGGCCACAUCAUAAGCGACCGUGAUACUUCAUUGACAACAUUGCACUAAACCUGGACCCUUACUUUGCAGAUCUGAUGGAUUUAAAGAGGGUGCUGUCCUUCCCUCCAUAUCCAGGGGAUUAUCUGCACCCAGUGGUGUAUGCCUGCACUGCGGUGAUGUUACUUUGCCUGCUGAUUUCUAUCAUGACAUACAUCGUACACCACAGCAUAAUCCGGAUCAGCAGGAAAGGUUGGCAUAUGCUCUUAAACUUCCUCUUCCACACUGCCAUGACGUUUGGAGUGUUUGCAGGAGGCAUCAACCAGAUCAAGUACCCCGUAAUCUGUCAAGUGGUUGGCAUUAUCUUGCACUACUCCUCCCUCUCCAGCAUGCUUUGGCUACUGUUCACUGCCAGAAAUAUCUGUAAAGAGGUUUCAAAGGUUCCCCCCAUACCUCAGGACAGGGACCCGCGCACACAACCACGCCCUAAAGCUACUAUUUUCAGGUUUUAUCUCGUCAGUGGUGGGAUUCCACUUAUCAUUGUGGGAGUUACGACUGCUGUUAGCUUGGACAACUACGGUAGCAGAGAUGAUGCCCCUUAUUGCUGGAUGGCCUGGGAACCCAGCCUCGGAGGCUUCUACGGUCCAAUCGCCUUCUUGGUCUUGGUCAUGUGCAUUUAUUUUCUCUGCACAUUUGUGCAGCUAAAGCGGCACCCGGAGCGUAAGUACGAGCUGAAGGCGAUGACCGAAGAACAGCAGCGCCUUGCUGUAGCUGAAAUCGGCCACUGUCACGCAGUCAGCGGAGAGCCAGGCGAGCACGGUGACCAUACGGGCUGCACAGCCAUCACUGCCUCCAUGCUGGCCAACGAGCACUCUUUCAAAGCUCAGUUAAGGGCUACCGCCUUCACACUUUUCCUCUUCCUGGCCACCUGGGUUUUCGGGGCACUGGCCGUAUCACAGGGACAUUUUCUCGACAUGAUCUUCAGCUGUCUGUACGGAGCGUUUUCCGUCACACUGGGGCUUUUUUUGCUCAUUCAGCACUGCGCCAAACGGGAUGACGUCUGGCAUCGGUGGUGGGCCUGUUGCCCCAAUAAACCAAAGGUGGAGGUAAAUGGGGAAGCAACAGGAAACGCAGGCCAACCAUCCCAAAGUCACAGUCAUACACCAUCCCACGGCCAGAACCAAAUCCACUGCCAGGCAGACUUAUCCUGCCCAGGUAAACCUCUGCUCUCCCCACACCUCCACUCCCCAUCCCUGCACUGUAAAUUGGGUACACUUCCCUCCACCCAGAACCAUACGAGCACCUGCUGCGCCACCUUGCACAGUCCCUCCCCCCUGCUUGGGAACUCCCGCCCACACUCCCUCCCUGACGAACUGCCCCGCCCGACCCUUCCCCUCCCCCUCCAAAGCUGCCUAAAGGACAGGUCAAAGACACGCUCCUUUAACCGACCUCGCCCCUGCCUCAGGGACUACUCGUGCCACUUGACCUCCACCAGCAUGGAUGGCAGCAUGCAUAGCUCCCACCUAGACAGCCCUCACAGCGUCCACCUGGACAACCCUCUCACCUGCCACACCUCACACUUGGAUACUCAACUGUCUUGUCACAGCUCCCACCCCGACAACCAGUUGCGCUGUCCCAGCCCGAGUCCCCACCUCGAGAGUCUCUCCUGCCAUAGCACACACUUAGACAGUCAGUUCUCCUGCCUCGAAGGACACACUUGCCACAGACACAUGAGCUGUCCCAAAACAGACCCAUUCUCAAGCAUAUGCUGCCCCAAAGUUGACCCCUUUGUCAGUCCCUGCCAGGCAGAGGAUCCUGACACAGGGCCGCUAUUGUACAGUUGUGCCAAGAUGGCUGAUAAAGAGGAUGUUAUGCUGCACUUGGAUAUGACCCCUCCACGGGCAUCUGUGUCCCAGGCCACGCUCAGCCGGAAAGGCACCCUUAGCCGGAGAGGGACAUUGAGCCGAAACAACAGCCAACAUGAGGACUACCUGCUUACCUCUGAUUCCACAGGUAACAUUAGGACUGGACCUUGGAAAAAUGAGACCACUGUGUAGUGCUGUUUCUUGCCUGAGCUAAACUACUGUGUAGUCCCAGGGCUGUUACCCCGAAGCCCUUUCUCCUCUGAGCUAAGCUACUGUGUAGUCCCUCUGUUGUGAACUUCUUCCUUCACCAUCUUUAUCAUACCUUCUCUUCCCCUUUAAGGAGGCAUUAAAACCUCUACUUACCUGUUCUCAGAUUUCAUCUCGACUUCAUUUGGUUCGUCUAAAGUUUUUCGUACUUGUCAUUUUGAAAUGGCAGCAAACAACACGUGCCAUGCUUUUCAUUUAGACCAUCUUUUAUAAUCAAACAGAUUUUUGUACGUGUUUUGGGUACGGUUACAUAAUGUGCAUUGUGGAUGUAUGUGUUUAGUGUGGGUGAGAGAGAAAAGAGCACAUGUGUUUAUGUUUGUAUGUGUCGACACGCUUGCGUGUAUAUACCAUAUCACAAGAUUUGCAUUUGCAUAAAGCGAGUCCUCUCUUUUAGAGAAUAUCUUCCACAUUUCUGGUUUGAAUUUUAGUAAAAAUUUGUCUGAGUGGGGAAACACCAGCAUUUUUUACUAUUAAACCAUGAACUACCACUAAGGACAUAUGUAGCAACUCCUAAAGUAGUAACUGCACAUAAUGUAAUAAGUAUUACAUUAUUAUUGUAAUGAAAUGUUCAUAGUGUAAUAAUUUUUUCAAAACGUCAUUUUUUUUAUUCAUUAUGAGAAAUGAAUUACAUUAUAAACUCACAAAAAUAUUGUUAUAACUGUAAUAAUUGUAAACUUUAAACAUUUAUGCCAAGCAUCACACUUAUACAUCGUAAAAACAUGGGGGUGUGCUUGUUUUACUAAGCAUAAACAUUGUGGGACGCAAACCAAACAGAAUACCCUAGCAACCAUUUAGAAAGACCUAUAUCUCAGAAAAGACAUAUGGGUGGUCCCGUUUGCUUCGUGGCUUGGACUGUAAUCAUUGGUGGAUGCCAAUUCACUCCCUAGCACCCACCCUGGGAACCCUAGCAACUAGGGCUGUAACGAUUAAUCGUGUGUCCCAUUAAAAAUGCCUGUCUGAAAUCGAUUCUGAAUCGCAAGGCUUCGCAUAUGUACAGUUUGUGCAUAUAAUACGGCAUUUGGUCAGUAGGAAGUCCUUAUCAAUCUAAAAUCAUUAUGAGUUUCAGUCGUUUAUAACAUGCAUUUAAAAAAGCAACACUCGUUAAACAAAAUCAUUCAAAAUAUUCUUUAUUAUCAUGAAAAUACCUGAAAUAAUUUGAAGAACAGCGAUAUAAAAAUUCCUCCAGACAUUUCCCUGAAAUACCGUUUGUAAUGCUACUUCUUCUGUGGCACAAAGGGAGUUUCUGCACGAGAGUGCCCCCUGGCUUUUGGAUGUGCCGGGAUUUCACCGUAACUCAUUCAAAUUCAUUGAAUGGGAAAACGCGGAUUUGCACGAUUAAUCGUUACAGCCCUACUAGCAACCACAUAGCAACACUAUAGCAACUGCAUAGCAACAGCCUAGCAACCACCUCGGGUACCCUAGCAAUAGUAUAGCAACACACAAGCAACCACCUAUCAACUGCAUAGAAACAGCCUAGAAAUUACCCCGGGUACCCUAGCAACCAUGUAGCAACAGCCUAGCAACCACCCCGGGAUACCAUAGAAACCGCAUGAUAACCACUUAGCAACCAAAUAGAAUACCCUAGUAACCGUUUAGCAGGACCUAUAUCUCUGAAUCAGAACAUGUGUAUGUGCUUUUUUUACUUAUUUUAAACAAACAGAACGUCGCCAGUUUUAUGACUUUUUAUAUAUAAAUAAUCCAAAUACUAAAUCUUUUAUUUCCCAACCCGCAUACCACAGUAAAAAUUUGAAAAUGGGGAUUAAAAAUGAAUUGACAAGAAAAUAAACCUGCAAAAUUAAAGGGUGAGACUGUGAGGAUUUGGGGAAAAACUAUUAAGUAUUAUUAAGUUUGUGGAAAUUCACGAAUAACCGGCAAAACAGAACACAAAGUCACUUAUGGCUUUAAAGGUCCCGUUCUUUCUGUGUUUUUGAAGCUUUGAUUGUGUUUACAGUGCGCAAUAUAACAUGUGUUCAUGUUUCACAUGUAAAGAAACGCAGUAUUUUUCACACAAUUUACUUAUCUGUAUAGCGCUAUUUUCACCGUCCUCAAAACGGGCUGAUGUCUUCCUUGUUCUAUGAAGUCCCUCCUUCAGAAAUAUGGAACGUGUUCUAAUAGGGUAGUUUGUUUAGUGUGUUUUGAUUCGAUAGCAGCUUAGCUUGCUGUUAGCUUAGCUGGCGACUGAUGUAUUCCUGUGGGCGGAGUUUAGUCAAAAAACUGUUCUACUGACAUCAUUAAAGCAGGAAGUAGAGGGCUGUAGUCCAAACCGGCUUUGAGCUUUAUCAUUUUACAGGUAUUAUUUAUGCUAUUGUAGCAACAUUACACUUUAAAGGGUUUAAAAAAUGGGAUCAGAAAGAACAUGACCUUUAAACGUAUGGGCUUGAAUGGCAUGAAUCCAUCAGCAUGGUCACAAUGAAACAUUUGUUUAUUUAUAUUGAAAAUGUAUUAAUAUAUUUAAACAUUGUUUUAAAUCAUUUGCUAGUAUUACCUUAUCAACUUCAAUAACAUUAAGGUGCCACAGUGUUUCAUAAUUUAAUACAUUUCUUAUACCUACAUUAUGUGAAAAUGUAUUAUUACAUUAUGAGCUCAAAAUUUUAUUACGUUUUGAGAAAAUUAUUACAUUAUGAACAUUCAAUUACAAUAAUAAUGUAAUACUUAUUACAUUAUGUGCAGAUAUUACAUUAUGUGUUGCUACUAUGUUGAAUUUACAUUUAACCCAUUUGGCAGACGCUUUUAUUCAAAACAACUUACAAUGCAUUUUUAUUCGCAGGUGUUCCCUGGGAAUCGAACCCAUAAUGUUUGCGCUGUUAAUGCAAUGUGCUACUAUUUGAGCUACAGGAAUACUAAUUAGGUGAAGGUGGCUUUUUUAUUUCAGGUGUUGUGAUUUAAUCAAAACAAAACCUUUAAUAUUGAGAUCUACCCUAAAGUACCAGGUACAAUGUGUUGUGGUUAUCACAACCGAGUGAUCUUUUUUUCAUCUACAGACAUAAAAAAGCAAACAAAUAUCCGUCCUUGUGUUUCCAUGGCGACAAAUCGUGAAAACUGGUGUCCAGCCAAAAUGUGUUUUGAACUGCAGAUAUGAUGUAUGCACAUAGCCUAUUUGGUUACUGACAAUAAGGUGCCAAUCAGUAUCAGUAAAUGGCCUUAUACAGAAAUCAUCAGUUAUGCAUGAAGCUCCUUGGAAACACUACAGUUUCUAGUGACCUCACUUGUCAUUGCUCAUUAUAUUUAUUCUAAGCCAAUUAACAAGAGCUUUACUUUUCAUAUUUGAAUAAAUGAGACAGUUUCUCAUUAAGAGUUUAUACAGUCUGUUGUCACUGUGCUAACUUCACACAGAAAUAAGUUUGAAGCUUUGAAAAUCUUGUGUUGUCUAAAAACCGCAAGCUUAUCUAACUGUGAAACUACCAGUGAAUAAAUGAUGGCAAACACAUGAUUUUUUAUUAUUUCUGUGCUCAUUUAUGGUCAAAAAUUGUAAAGGUUGUAUUAUUUUGUUUCAUAAAGCGUGCCAUUAAGUUAUGCCAACAGAAGAAAAUACUGGAGUGGAAAAUUCUUUGUGUUGUGUUUCUUUGUGACCUCAGGGAUUGUGUUGCAUUUUCACUAAUAAAACCACACAAGAAAUAAAUUUGCAUGCAAUUGAUAUCAUAUCCCAAACUGAUCCACCAAAUUAAAGCAAGAACUUUGAUUAAACAAGCCCAUGCAUUCUGCAGGUGUGUAGCACAUGGAUGAUGUUAAGCUCUCCAUUAAAGCACUGACAAUUAAAUUUGUCUACCUGCCUUACCAUUUGUUGUUCUUUAUAUUUACUCAUCUGACCCACUUCAUUCAUCCCUGUCAUUUAUAGCAUUUGAGAGCUGCAGUCAUUUCUGGUCAGCACAAGGGAUUUGUGCCCUGACCAGACCCAAAGCCAGGUUUUUUAACAUUUGUCACAUUUUCCAAUAAAUGUAUUUUAUCACCA